ACUGUGGACAUAAAACUGCCCCUUGCCCUGACGUGGUGGGUGCAGAGUGCCGGCUGGGGCCCCGCAUUGGAUUCCACUUAGAGUUUGGAGAGUCUGACUGCAUGGUGCCGUAAGUCUCUGGGAAAGCACACUUAGACCACUGACUGGAAUCCAGGUCUCCUCCAUCACUUCAAUUUUUCACCCGAGCUCCUGCAUGUCUAAUAUUUAGACAUGUUCAGCUUUGUGGACUCAAGGACUGUUGUGCUACUUGUAGCAUCCCAAGUUGUUUUGCUAUCCGUGGUCAGGUGUCAGGAAGAGGAUGACCAGGAGGCAGGUGGUUGCAACCAGGAGGGCCAGCAGUAUAAUGAUAAGGACGUAUGGAAGCCAGAGCCGUGUCGCAUCUGUGUGUGUGACAGCGGAGCAGUUCUGUGCGAUGAGAUAAUCUGCGAGGAGAUCAAAGAGUGUGCCAACCCUCUCAUCCCAUCUGGAGAGUGCUGUCCCAUCUGCCUCACUGAUGCCACUGUCAUCACUGAGUCAUUUGGUGCUAAGGGCCAGAAAGGUGAACCAGGAGAGAUUGCUGAUGUUGUAGGACCAAGAGGACCAGCAGGCCCUAUGGGCCCCCCAGGUGAACAGGGACCACGUGGAGAGUCUGGCGCUAAAGGUGAUAAGGGAAAUCCUGGACCCCGAGGCAGAGAUGGUGAGCCUGGGACACCAGGUAACCCCGGACCACCUGGACCACCGGGACCACCAGGACUCGGAGGGAACUUUGCUGCUCAGAUGUCUGGAGGAUUUGACGAGAAGGCCGGCGGUGCACAGAUGGGAGUGAUGCAAGGGCCGAUGGGUCCGAUGGGUCCCCGUGGUCCUCCUGGGCCUAGUGGAGCUCCUGGACCUCAGGGUUUCCAAGGUAGUCCUGGAGAAACUGGAGAGCCUGGUUCAGCUGGACCAAUGGGACCUCGUGGGCCACCUGGACCUGCUGGAAAAUCAGGAAGUGAUGGUGAUCCUGGCAAACCUGGAAAACCUGGUGAACGUGGAUCUGCAGGGCCUCAGGGAGCUCGCGGUUUCCCAGGAACUCCUGGCCUCCCUGGAAUCAAAGGACACAGAGGUCAUUCUGGUCUGGAUGGAGCCAAGGGAGAGACUGGUGCAGCAGGAGCCAAGGGUGAGGCGGGUGCUCCUGGUGAGAACGGUGCUCCUGGUCCCAUGGGCCCACGGGGUUUACCUGGAGAGCGGGGACGUCCUGGAGCUUCUGGAGCUGCAGGUGCUCGCGGAAAUGAUGGUUUGCCUGGUCCUGCUGGUCCACCUGGGCCUGUUGGUCCUGCUGGAGCUCCUGGUUUCCCAGGAUCCCCAGGAGCCAAGGGAGAGGCUGGCCCAACUGGUGCACGUGGAUCUGAAGGUGCACAGGGACCCCGUGGUGAGGCUGGUACCCCAGGAUCACCUGGACCCGCCGGAGCAUCAGGUAACCCUGGUACUGAUGGUAUUCCUGGAGCUAAAGGAUCUGCUGGUGCUCCUGGUAUUGCUGGUGCUCCUGGAUUUCCUGGCCCUCGUGGACCACCUGGACCACAGGGGGCAACAGGACCUCUGGGGCCCAAGGGACAGUCAGGAGAUCCUGGUAUUCCCGGAUUCAAAGGUGAAGCUGGACCCAAGGGAGAGACUGGUGCUGCUGGCCCUCAAGGACCUCCUGGUCCUGCUGGCGAAGAGGGAAAGAGAGGAGCCAGAGGAGAACCAGGAGCUGCAGGACCACUUGGACCACCAGGAGAGCGAGGAGCUCCUGGUAACCGUGGAUUCCCAGGUCAAGAUGGUCUUGCUGGUGCUAAGGGAGCCCCUGGUGAUCGCGGUGUGCCUGGUGCUGCCGGUCCUAAAGGUGCUACUGGAGACCCGGGACGCACAGGAGAGUCUGGGCUCCCAGGAGCGAGAGGCCUUACUGGUCGACCUGGGGAUACUGGUCCUCAAGGAAAAGUUGGGCCAUCUGGCGCAUCGGGUGUGGAUGGUCGCCCAGGCCCGCCUGGUCCAAUGGGGGCUCGUGGACAGCCGGGAGUGAUGGGAUUUCCUGGACCGAAGGGAGCUUCUGGUGAACCUGGAAAACCAGGAGAGAAGGGUCUUGUAGGUCGUCCUGGUCUGAGAGGUCUGUCCGGUAAAGAUGGUGAGACUGGUCCUCCUGGACCUCCUGGACCUGCUGGACCUGCAGGAGAGAGAGGAGAGCAGGGACAGUCUGGACCUUCUGGCUUCCAGGGUCUGCCUGGACCGACUGGUGUCCCAGGAGAGCCUGGAAAACCUGGAGACCAGGGUAUUCCUGGAGAGGCCGGACCUUUUGGUGCUGCUGGACCUCGGGGUGAGCGUGGUUUCCCUGGUGAGAGAGGCAGUGCUGGAGCUCAGGGUCUUCAAGGACCUCGUGGACUUCCUGGAACACCUGGAACUGAUGGACCAAAGGGAGCCAUUGGACCAGCAGGCCCUCCUGGAUCCCAGGGACCCCCCGGGCUGCAGGGUAUGCCAGGAGAGAGAGGAACAGUUGGCAUCCCAGGAGCCAAAGGAGACAGAGGUGACAACGGACAGAAGGGACCUGAGGGAGCUUCUGGGAAGGACGGGGCUCGAGGUUUGACGGGUCCCAUUGGUCCUCCAGGUCCCUCUGGGCCCAAUGGCGCCAAGGGUGAAACUGGACCCACAGGACUUAUCGGUGCUCCUGGUGCACGGGGUGCUCCUGGUGACCGUGGUGAGGUUGGUCCUCCUGGACCAGCUGGUUUUGCUGGACCUCCUGGUGCUGAUGGUCAGCCUGGUCUUAAGGGAGAAGUCGGUGAGUCUGGACAAAAGGGAGAGGCUGGUAAUCCUGGACCUCAGGGACCCUCUGGGGCUCCUGGACCUGUGGGUCCUACUGGUGUACCUGGACCUAAAGGAGCCCGUGGUGCUCAAGGAGCUCCUGGUGCGACAGGUUUUCCUGGUGCUGCAGGCAGAGUUGGUCCUCCUGGUCCUAAUGGUAAUCCUGGUGCUGCUGGUCCUUCUGGUCCUGCUGGUAAAGAUGGACCAAAGGGUGUUCGCGGUGAUCCCGGCCCACCGGGAAGACAGGGAGAUAAUGGACUUCGGGGUCCUGCUGGUCCACAAGGAGAGAAGGGAGAGCCUGGAGAGGAUGGACCACCUGGUGCUGAUGGGCCUUCAGGUCCCCAAGGUCUUGGUGGAUCUCGUGGUAUUGUUGGUUUGCCUGGUCAGCGUGGAGAGAGAGGCUUCCCUGGUCUCCCUGGACCUGCUGGAGAACCUGGUAAACAAGGAGCCUCUGGUUCUUCUGGUGACCGUGGACCUCCUGGACCUGUGGGACCCCCUGGGCUUACUGGACCUGCAGGAGAGCAAGGUCGAGAGGGCACACCUGGAGCAGAUGGACCCCCUGGUAGAGAUGGUGCUACUGGACUAAAGGGAGAGCGAGGUAACACAGGACCUGCUGGUGCUCCAGGAGCUCCUGGUGCUCCUGGUGCUCCAGGACCUGUCGGUCCUCUUGGGAAGCAGGGAUCCAGAGGAGAGUCCGGUGCUCAAGGACCUAGUGGACCCCCGGGACCAGCUGGUGCCAGAGGAAUGGCUGGGCCCCAAGGACCACGUGGAGACAAGGGAGAGGCAGGUGAGGCCGGAGAGAGAGGACAGAAGGGUCACAGAGGAUUCACUGGUCUGCAGGGUCUUCCUGGUCCUCCUGGUUCUCCUGGAGAUGCCGGAGCUGCUGGACCUGCAGGACCAAGUGGUGCUAAGGGACCACCUGGGCCAGCGGGACCAGCUGGUAAAGAUGGCUCUAACGGACUGGCUGGCCCCAUUGGACCCCCUGGACCCCGUGGACGCUCUGGAGAAUCCGGUCCUCCUGGUCCUCCUGGUAACCCCGGACCUCCUGGUCCUCCCGGUCCUCCUGGAUCUGGCAUUGAUAUGUCUGCCUUUGCUGGUCUGACUCAGACUGAGAAGUCACCUGAUCCACUCAGGUACAUGAGAGCCGAUGAGGCCUCUAGCACCCUGAGGCAGCACGAUGCUGAGGUUGAUGCAACACUGAAGUCCAUCAACAGCCAGAUUGAGAACCUGCGUAGCCCUGAUGGCACCCAGAAGAACCCUGCUCGCUCCUGUAGAGAUCUUCAACUGUGCCACCCAGAGUGGAAUAGUGGGGACUACUGGGUUGAUCCAAAUCUUGGCUCCACCGCUGAUGCCAUUAAAGUCUUCUGCAACAUGGAGACUGGAGAGACUUGUGUCUACCCGAGUAUCGCUAAGGUACCAAAUAAGAACUGGUGGACGAGCAAGAGCAAAGAACGCAAGCAUGUCUGGUUUGGAGAGACUAUGAAUGGUGGAUUCCACUUCAACUACGGUCAGGAUGGUCCUGCUGCCAGUGCUGCCAAUGUCCAGCUGACCUUCUUGAGACUUUUGUCCACUGAAGCUUCCCAAAACAUCACUUACCACUGCAAGAACAGCAUUGCCUACAUGGACCAGGCUACAAGCAACCUGAAGAAGGCCUUGCUGCUGCAGGGUUCCAAUGAUGUGGAGAUCCGUGCGGAGGGCAACAGUCGCUUCAUGUACACCGUGUUGGAAGAUGGCUGCAAAAGACACACAGACCGGUGGGGCAAGACUGUCUUUGAGUACAAAACACAGAAGACCUCUCGUCUGCCAAUUGUGGACAUUGCUCCUAUGGACAUCGGAGGAGCAGAUCAGGAGUUUGGAGUGGAUGUAGGUGCAGUCUGCUUCUUGUAAAGCGGAAUAUCACAAUGGCCCCCAAAGGAACUGGAAACGACGAAGCAUCACACACACUUCCACAAUAAAGAAGACUGGAAAUUAAAAAGAAAAUUUGAUACUUUCUUGUAACGAAGUGCUCUCCAUGUCGUACUCCAUGGAUGUUAGCACUGAAGGGCAUCGGCAAUAUCUGUACACCACACCAACAUUCUCCGUCAACCCACUUCCUGAGAUCCAGUCAUGUUUCCCAUGACGAGAAAGAGUCAGAGCCAAGAGGAAGAGGGACCAAGAGAACAAGUGAUGGAGAACAGAAACAUGACUUGAUGUCAUUUAUUUAUUGUUUAACUGGGCAGAGUUGAGGUAGGACUGGAUGGGUGUAUUUUGUAAGAAAGAUGAGCCCCCUUCCACUACAGAACAGCCAUACAACCUCUGCAGUCCUACUCCACCUCCGUUCUCUCCUGACCCACAAAUUACGGCAUUUUUAAAUAAGUGUAGGCGAAAAUGUAUACAAAGUAAAACCAAAUCCAAGUGCUCCAGACCGUCGUCAUGUACAGGAGCAAAGGUGUAUUACCAUAACAAGGACUUGUACCAUGUAUUAUAAAUCCCCAGUUCUGUUGUUGUAAACGUCUGUUUAUGUACAUCCAAAUGGUUUUGUGUAUUUUCACUCUGUGUACAUGUGUGUAUAUGCACACCAACACUUUUUGGACAGUGAGGUUUUAUUUUGGGUCCUACACCCCUCGAUCUCCUCAUCAAAAAAGAAGUGUUUUACCCAAUUGUCGCCACAAAAUUUUUAAAUUAGUUGGAAAGUUUUGUGUUUGUCAUUAUCCUGAUUGUUUAAAGCUACCUCACACUGGAAAACAAAGUGACAGUGUUGACUAUAAAUCUGAUCUGAGCAAAAAUGAGCUUUCGGGUGGAUGUGGGGAUGAGUGGCCAUAUUUGCUUUGGGUUUCGAAGGUGCUAUGUGUUUAUUUCCGUCACCUACAUACCCCCAUCCAACUAGCUUCACAACACACCACACCACAAGCUCACACUCCACCCUGCAGGAUGGGUGCAGCAGGGGACACGGGGGGAUGGGGACACCUCCUCCAGAGUCGUUGGGACUCUGAGGAAAGAUGUUGAAAACAAGCAGGGUGGGCUGUCUGUGCAAGUGUGUGUGUGUGUGUGUGUGUGUGUGAGUGUGUGUACAUUUUUAAUUAAUUUUAUUAUGAACACUUUGCUCGUUUUGUUACACUUCUAAUUGAUGUAAAUUGGAAAUAAAAGGAAAACCAAAGUA